AUCGGUGGUCAUGAAACCAUCAUUAAUCACUCCAAAUUUCCACCCCAUAUCAGAUCUUGCAACACUUUCACCCUUCUUCCUUCCUUUUCCUUUCUUAAAUCUUCUCAUAUUCUCUAAUUCCAUUUCCACCUUUCCCUUUUUCUUCAAUUAUUAUCACAAUUAUUAUUUUUAACACUGUUUUAUAUUACUUCAUAUCUUUUCAAUACUAAAAUCCCUUUCUUCUCCAUUUUCUCUCUCUUCAAACUUUUUAAAAAUUCCAUUUUUUUUAAAAAUAAUUUUUCUCAGAGUUAUUCUUCAACUUGGUGGAACCUAAUUAUAUGUGAAGAUUCCCCAUUAUUUAAUUUAAUUAUUUGUUUACUUACUCCAUUUUUACGAAUCUAUUUGUUGUAAACGAACGAACCCCAUUUCAUAAGUUUGCUAAGUAGUUUUUUUUCUUCAUUUUUUAAUAUUUAAAUAUUCAAAAAAAAUUUUAUAAGGCUGUGUUUGAUUUCUGUUUCUGGGUUGGUGCAAGAAAGUUUUGAUUUUUAUUUAUUUUUUGGGUUAAUUUUUGAUAAAAAAAGGUUGGUUUUGAGGGUUUUCCGAUGCCGGAGGAAGAUUUAGUUGAAGUGAAAUUCCGAUUAUAUGACGGGUCAGAUAUCGGGCCGUUUCGGGUUGCGCCGGCGACAACUGUGGCCAAUCUCAAGGAAAGAAUUAUUGCUGACUGGCCUAAAGAUAAUAAGGUCACACCGAAGGUUGCAAAUGAUGUCAAGAUCAUAAGUGCUGGCAAGGUUUUGGAGAACAGCAGGACUGCUGGCCAAUGCCGAAUGACCUUUGGUGAGCUUCAAAAGGGAGUUAUAACAAUGCAUGUUGUUGUUCAGCCAACUGUAGCAAAAACGAAGUCAGAAAAGAAAAUUGACGAGUCUGAAAGAAAGAGCAUCUGUUCAUGUUCAAUAUUGUGAGAAUUUGUGUUGUGGCCAGAUUUUAGGUUCGUGCGUUGUGUGCAUGUUGCUGCGUAAUCUCCCAGGAGAAACUAUAACUAUGCUUGAAAUCCCUAUUAAUCUAAAUGCUGAGGAGAUUUCUGCUCUACUGCUUAAAUUUGCUAGGAAGCAUGUAUCUUGCAAUGCAGGCUGUCCUUGAUGUAUUCUCUAUUUAAUUUUGGGGAACGAACACCCGUGUAUGAAUAUGUAUCUAGUGCACUCUGGAGUCUGGUCCUUCGAUUUUUUAAGUUCUAUAUCUGCUGGAGUAAUUUAUUUGGCAAUGGAGAUGGUCACCGAUAUAAUGUUAUAGUUGUAAUGUAUAGCAAGAUGGAAAGAAAACUACUGUUGAUUUGGUUAUGAUUGUGAUCUGAAAGAAAUUUCUCACGAACAGCUAUUUCUGUUCAUCCAAUUUUCAA